AUGUCACAGCCGUUCGAUAAGCUAGGGAUCGUAGGUGCCGGAUCCAUGGGCUCCUGUAUGACCAUGCUGUUUGCGGAGAACGACCUGCAAGUGUCCGUGUACGAUGUCAGCGGCCAGAACAUCGACAACCUCUACAAUGCGUUGCAAGAGGGUCUUGACAAAGAACUGCACCACCGUGUCGCCCGGUUCAAGGAUCUCGACCAAUUCAUGGAGAGCCUCGGCGGCCAGAACGCGGACAAACUUCUCGUAUUCAGUAUCCCUCACGGCUCAGCCGCGGACAAGGUGAUUGCUGACGUCCACGAGCACCUCUCACAUGGCGACAUCAUCCUGGACGGCGGGAACGAGUGGUAUGAAAACGCCGAACGCAGGCAGAAGCAGCUCGCGCCAGAGGGUAUUGCGUACCUCUGUAUGGGUGUCUCGGGCGGGUAUCAGUCUGCUCGCAGAGGUCCUUCUAUCUCCCCCAGCGGCGACAAAGCCGCGCUGGACCGCGUCAUGCCUCUGCUGGAGAAAAUCGCGGCGAAAGAUCCCAAGACGGGCCAACCCUGCGUCGCAAACCUCGGUCCGGCAGGAUGUGGACACUACGUGAAGAUGGUGCACAAUGGGAUCGAGCAGGGCAUUCUAGGCAUCGUCAGCGAGACUUGGGAGCUCCUGUACAAAUGCUUGCACACCGACCUCGGCACGAUAUCGCAGAUCUUCAAGAAGUGGGAGGACGGAGGGGAGUUGAGACGCAAUUUCCUGGUGGGAAUUGGUGCGGACAUUUGCCGGCGAUACAAGGAAGAUCGACCUGGACAUGUUGUCAAUGAGGUCCAAGACAAGGUCGUCCAAGACGCAGAUGACAGCGAAGGUACCGGUGUCUGGUCUGUGAUGGAAGCGGCCAAACGACAUGUCUCCGCGCCCACCAUUGCGGCGGCACACUUCUUCAGGAUUGCUUCAGCCGACCGGGCUGAAAGAAUGCAGGUGGUGGAAGCCCUCGGCCAAUCGAUAGGUGCGGCUCGGAAGCAACAUGUCGAGGACAAGUUCAAGACGGAGUUCUUCGAGGAUCUGCGAUUGGCAGUCUACUGCGCAUGUCUGGCAUCGUUCACGCAAGGUCUGAACUUGAUCGCCCGUGCGAGUGCGGACGAAGGCUGGAACGUCAGCUUGGCUAGUUGCAUCCGGAUCUGGCGCGAGGGGUGCAUCAUCCGGUCAGAGUAUAUUGCUGACCUGCUGCAGCCGCUGUUGGAGAAGGAACCGGGAACGAAGAACAUAUUGACUCUGCAACCGGUCGCGGACGAGAUUACGAGGACGAUCCCGCACCUGCGGAAGGUGGUGCAGUACGGUCUGGAAUGGAACGCACAUGUGCCAACCUUGAGUGCAAGCUAUGAAUUCUUCAAGUACUGUGGAGGAAAACAUCUGCCAAGCCAGUUCAUGGAGGCAGAGCUGGAUUACUUCGGCGCGCAUUCAUACGAUCUGAAGUCAGACGGAGACGGAGAGGUGAAGAAAGGAGAACACCACUUUGAGUGGAAGCCGGCGUAGAUGGCGACAAGGGAACGGCGGUGUGAACUAAAGUCUUGGCAACGAAACGCAUCGAGUAUAGACUAGGAUUAUACUAUUGCGAAUGGCUGCGCAAGAAAUCGCGAGGAAUGGGAGCUAGAUACGGAAUUGGUCGUAGAACAAUGAAC